AUGCCAAAUAAAUACCAAAGAAAAGCAUGCAGCUCACGAGGGAACUGGAGUGAAGAGUCACUUAAGGCGGCCAUGGAUGCUGUUAAAAAAGGUGAAAUGACUAUCUACGCAGCUUCAAUAACCUAUCAAGUACCAAGGAAGACCCUCGAAAGGCGAUACAAGAAAAAUAAUGACAAAAAAGGACCAAUGGGACCAUCCUCUAUAUUCGGCGAAAAAAAUGAGAAGAAACUCGCUAACCAUAUUAAAACUAUGCAAAAAAAUGGUUUCCCAUUGACUAUUGAUGACGUCAGAAAGAUUGCGUACCAGUUCGCGAAGCAAUUGAAUUUGAAUCACAGAUUUAAUAGAGAAACUGAGAAAGCAGGAUAUGACUGGUUGCAAGGUUUUUUACGAAGAAACCACGAUAUUACAUUAAGAAAGUCAGAAGGAGUAUCUUUAGCUAGAUCAACUGCUAUGAAUAAACUAGAGGUUGACGCUUACUUUGAGCUUCUUGAAAGGAUAUUGACAGUAGACGAUGGUGUGUUGAAACCGAGUUGUAUCUUCAACAUGGACGAGACUGGUCUUCAGCUUAAUAAUCGACCAGGGCAUGUUCUAGCUGAAAAGGGUUCUAAGGCUGUAUCUACAGUUACUUCGACUGAAAAGGGAGAAACGAUUACAGUUAUAGCCUGCUGCAAUGCUGAAGGUACAUUUUUACCACCUGCCUGUAUCAUGAAAGGCAAAAACAAAAAACCUGAGUUUGAGGAUGGGAUGCCACCGGGAUCGAAACUUUUCAUGUCCCCAAAAUCAGCGUACAUUACCUCAGAUUUAUUUAUUGAAUGGUUGAAAACACAUUUUGUUCCGAGGAAACCAGCUGGAAGAGUACUUCUUUUACUAGAUGGUCAUUCAACUCACUGUAAUUCUGUGGAAAUGCUGGAAUAUGCAAAUGACAAUGACAUCAACUUACUUUCAAUGCCAAGCCACACGUCUCACUACCUCCAACCACUAGAUCGUACGGUGUUUAAAUCACUGAAGACUCAUUUUUACGAGCAGUGUCGACUUUGGCUAAAACAAAAUCCUGGUCGUCGUAUAACACGAUUAUCAUUUGGAAGAUUGCUUAAUAAGGCGUGGGGAAAGGCAGCUUCUGCAGAGAAUGCAAUUGCGGGUUUUAAAGCUACAGGUGUCCACCCCUUCAAUCCAUCUGCAAUUCCCGACUACGCGUUUACCCAAGAAUUGACAAAGCAAAUGUCUAAAUCUCAAAAUGAGUGUACAGCCACUGUUAUGGUCGAGGAGCAAGAAGAAAAUACUUGUAACAUAGCUUCUGCUAAUCUGGAACCAGUUCCAAAUACUUUCGAAGUGCGACAAGACAUAUCACUUGCAAUCGCUGAGCCAAAUAGCUCUGUUGAGCGAAAAGUUUUAAACGCAAGUCCUGAGAUGAUUACAAGAAGGCCUAAAAAAUUAUUUGCUACUGCUUCAGCAGCAGUAAUUAAAAAAAUGUCAGAACAAUUCCCUCCAAGAAGCGAUUUGCCAGAUCAGACUCCAACACGUAUUUUAAAGCAAAUAUCGCCAGUUCCACAAAAAAUUAUUGAAGUACGCAAACGUGCUAAACAGGUAGGCAUGCUUUUAACCUCAGAGAAUCACAUCAAAACAAGAAAAUUUAAGGAAGCGCUUAAAAAAAAUAGGGAACAAAAAAAUUUCGAAAAAGACGUUAAAAAGGAAAGAAAAAUUGAGAUAAAACCAAUAAAACGAGCACCAAGAAAGAGAAAAUCAUUAAGAAAGUUAUCUGAAAGUAGUGAUGAGGAUGAAGAACUAAUAUUAUGUAAUUCGUCUGAUGAAGAAGAUGGAAACAGAGAAUUGGAUAACUGUGUAGGUUGUGGAGAAAAUUAUUACGAAACGCAACUCAUCGAAGAUUGGAUUCAAUGCGUUAUAUGCCAACUGUGGGUACAUGAAAAUUGCACCGAAUUCGAUGAUAAGUGUUCAUCAUGUGGACAGAAAAAGAAGAAUGAGCUGAGGCUCAAAAACUUAAAGGGAAAAAAUGGCCAAUCGUGA